GCUCCGGGCUCGGGCUCAGUCCCCGCCGCUGCUGUGCCGGGCUCCGCCUCAGCGCCGAGAACUGCGCCCGGAGAUAAGAGGAGGCGAAUCSUGUGUCCUUUCAGCAGCCUUCUGUUAACCUUGGAAUACCACGGUUCAAGCACUUGAACAGAUGGAUAAUGGAGACUGGGGAUAUAUGAUGACUGAUCCAGUCACGCUAAAUGUGGGUGGACACAUGUAUACGACCUCCCUCACAACUCUAACGAGAUAUCCUGACUCAAUGCUCGGGGCCAUGUUCAGGGGAGACUUCCCCACUGCCAGGGACUCUCAGGGCAAUUACUUUAUUGACAGAGAUGGACCACUUUUCCGUUAUGUUCUUAACUUUUUAAGGACCUCAGAGCUCACUUUACCACUGGACUUCAAGGAGUUUGACCUGCUCCGGAAGGAAGCGGACUUCUAUCAGAUUGAACCCUUAAUUCAGUGUCUUAAUGACCCCAAGCCGUUGUAUCCUGUGGAUACCUUUGAGGAGGUGGUGGAGCUGUCCAGCACCCGGAAGCUUUCCAAGUACUCCAACCCUGUGGCUGUGAUCAUCACGCAGCUCACCAUCACGACGAAAGUCCACGCACUACUGGAAGGCAUUUCAAACCACUUCACCAAGUGGAAUAAGCACAUGAUGGACACCAGGGACUGCCAGGUGUCCUUCACCUUUGGGCCAUGCGAUUACCACCAGGAAGUGUCGCUCCGAGUGCAUCUCAUGGAGUACAUCACAAAGCAAGGCUUCACGAUCAGGAACACCAGGGUCCAUCACAUGAGCGAGCGUGCCAAUGAAAACACAGUGGAGCAUAACUGGACUUUCUGUAGACUGGCACGGAAAACAGAUGACUGAUUCUGACUCCACAGGAGCCACUUCAGUGAUUAGCAACUUAAUUGGACAGUAAACCCGAGAGAGUCUGGAUUUUGACUAAAGCAACAAUGUGGGCUUUUUUUAUACGACUAUUUAUUGUUUAUCAGUGAGGACUGGAGGAGUUUCAUUCCCUAUUUUGUCCAGUUCAGAAAAAAACCGUGCAUGUGCCUGUUCAGUCAAGACACCUUUUUGUUUGAAAGAGGGAGUCAGAAGAAUUAGUACAAUAGGGUAUUUUGUGUCAUUAACACAAUUCUCUGACUCGACUCAAAGUGCUAAAAUUACCUCUGUUUAAAUGGUUUCUAAUUCAUCUAAUGCUAUGACACUGGGAGCAAGAAACAAAAAAGAUUUUAAAAUGCAGUUGGGGAGAAGCUGCUAUUGUGUAGACUAAUUUAGUUUCUAAACCAAUAAACAGUAUUGUAAUAUUCUAGGAAAACAAAUCCCACCCUUUAAAAGUACUUGAUAAGUACAGUUUCUUACAGUUAUGACAACUGUUUCUUUCUAUGCAUAUAAAUCAAGCAACCAAAUAUUAUCUGUAGCCAUGGAAAUAUGAUUAGAAAUAUUUAUAUUGGAUUCUAAAUGCAAAAUGUCCCUGUGGUAGAAUUCAUAUUUUUAAUGCCUGGUGCAAUAUUAUUCCCAAGUGUAAUGCCUGCCAGCAAGAAACUAAUAAAAAUGUGAAAUACA